AUGAAGUGGAGGAACUCCAAGGAGCGCGAGCUGCUCGCGUCCGGAGGCUCCCGGGAACAGACCCUGCCCAACAAGAACAACCCGCACCCGGACCUGUCUGACGCGGAGGCCGACCGGCACAAGCUGACCCCGCCGCCCGAGGACGACAAGUACCUACCACCGGCCACGACGCACGGCCUGGAGACGAGAGGGUUCAGGGAGCACGCCUUCCCCGCCGCUGAUGACGGGGAGGAGUACUACAGUGACGCGAGCGGCUCGGACGAGGAGAUCCACGUGACAUGA